AUGAAGUCAGCAACUGCAAUCAAGUCCCCCAAUGGCCAUGGGAGCGUUUACAAGGAAGUGCGCUUCUCUCCUACUCCUACCCCCGUCCGUCGCACGCAAUCGGUGCCAAAUGCGCACCCUGGCUUGAACACCCAUGGUGCCGCUGGCGUCACCUACUCGAGCCUGAGCGCCAGUUAUCUCGACCAAGCGCGAUCACUACUAGACCGUCAACGAAUCAGUUUCGAAAAUGAAAAGAAGUUGUUCAAUGAGGAACGACAACUGUGGGAAAAAGAGCGGGCGUUGUUGAAGUCGAGGAUAUCGGAACUAGAGGCCCUGCUAAAAGGGCGAGGAUCCACCGCAUCGGCGACCGUGCCGCCCGGCGCUUUUGCGUCGAAUUCCUUCUCCGCGAUCAAUGCCCCGUACGGUCGCUCCCACUCAGUAAGUUUUGCCGACCAAUUUCACGCAAGUGCGCAGGUGUGGGAGGGAUCUAGCCCUGGGAGCCGGCCCACCAGGGUAUUUCCUGACGCGGAGACGACGGACAUCCACACUCUAUCGUCGAUCCCGGAGCAAGGAGCCAAAUAUGUCUCUGCGCCAUCUUUGGACGCAGCUCUUUCUCCCAAAUCGCAUGCAGUAGACCCCUCUACCGGCGCCAGUGUCCCUGUACCGAUUGAGAAGCUGGACAGCAAGCUAGACGGGAUUACCCUCAAGUCAUCUGCCCUGCCCCCUGAAGUGGUCGCCCGCGUGAUCACACCACCAUCACCGUCGCCACUCGAAACCUCCCCGACCUCCUCAACCCGCCCCCCGAAUGAGCAUCGCAACAGUUUGAAGCUGCGAUUAUCCGAGCUGGGUCCCCCGGAAUUCAACCUGACCAGGAACGCCGGCCAUACUCCCAUGGUCAAGAUCGAUCGCGAUAUUGACACGGAGCAACCGUCGCCUCAGGAGGUCCAAGAUGAGGCCAGCCCCCUUGCUCCGGCAGUGCUUCGGCAACCUGCAGAACAGUCCGAUUCGUACUUUGCAGACUUGCCGGAAGACCCAGCUCUGAAGGGGCCGCUCUCCUUGUUGAACGAGGAGGAACACGACAGUAGCUUUCUGAAGGAGCUUGAUCAGAGGCUUCUGGACCAGGUCAAGCAGGUCCUUGGCCACCACCGCAGGAGCUCUCAGGAGGAGAGGGAAGAUGAUGAAGAUGAGGCUGAGCCUCGCAGCCAGGGUGAGACCGAGGAACCCGAAUUGCGGUUCAAGAAGACCACCAAUUUUGGCACGGCUUUUGGAAAUUCGGACUGCGGAAAAGUAUAA